AUGGCUGCCACCUUGCAGCGCAUAGAACGGCUGUCCAGUCGGGUGAUUCGCGUCCUGGGCUGUAACCCGGGUCCCAUGACCCUGCAGGGCACCAACACCUACCUGGUGGGGACCGGCCCCAGGAGAAUCCUUAUCGACACUGGAGAACCAUCAAUCCCAGAAUAUAUCAGCUGUUUAAAGCAGGCUCUGACGGAAUUUAACACAGCCAUCCAGGAAAUCAUAGUGACCCAUUGGCACCAUGAUCAUACUGGAGGCAUAGGAGAUAUUUGUCAAAGCAUCAAUAAUGACACUACCUAUUGCAUUAAAAAACUCCCACGGAAUCCUGAGAGAAAAGAAAUUAUAGGCAAUGGAGAGCAACAGUAUGUUUAUGUGAAAGAUGGAGAUAUAAUUAAGACUGAAGGUGCCACACUAAGAGUUAUAUACACACCUGGCCACACUGAUGAUCAUAUGGCUCUAGUCUUAGAAGAAGAAAAUGCUCUGUUUUCUGGAGAUUGCAUCUUAGGGGAAGGAACAACCGUAUUUGAAGACCUCUAUGAUUAUAUGAACUCCCUGAAAGAGUUAUUAAAAAUCAAAGCUGAAGUUAUAUAUCCAGGACAUGGCCCAGUCAUCCAUAAUGCUGAAGCUAAAAUUCUACAAUACAUUUCUCACAGAAACAUCCGAGAACAGCAGAUUCUUACAGUAUUUCAUGAGAACUUUGAAAAGUCAUUCACAGCAAUGGAACUUGUAAAAAGUAUUUACAAGGAUACUCCCGAGCAUUUACAUAAAAUGGCCCAACAUAACGUCUUGCUGCAUUUGAAAAAAUUAGAAAAAGAAGGGAAAAUAUUUAGCAACACAGAUCCUGAGAAGAAAUGGAAAGCUCAUCUUUAG